ACAGCAUUCACCCAAGAUACGCCUCUCUAUACUCCUCCGAUCGUCGCGUUUGUUCAAGCACAUUCAAUUCUUCUCGCCUCCACGUCUUUGCGCAUCCUCGUUUCUCCCCAUUAUCCACAAUGGUUGCCGGUCCAGAUGAAUGGCUCGAGCAAAUCAAGCAGUGCAAAUACCUACCAGAGGCCGACCUUAAACACCUAUGCGAAAUGGUGAAGGAGUUGUUGAUGGAAGAAUCAAAUAUCCAACCUGUCAACUCGCCCGUAACAGUCUGUGGCGACAUCCACGGUCAAUUCUAUGACUUGAUGGAGUUGUUUCGCGUGGGUGGGCAGGUACCAGAUACAAAUUACAUCUUCAUGGGCGAUUUCGUGGAUCGAGGAUACUUCAGUUUGGAGACCUUUACGUUGUUGAUGUGUCUAAAAGCACGGUAUCCGGACCGAAUAACACUCUUGCGAGGAAACCACGAAUCCAGACAAAUCACCCAAGUCUACGGUUUCUACGAUGAAUGCAACACAAAAUACGGCAACGCAAACGUCUGGAAAUACUGCUGCCAAGUCUUCGACUUCCUAACCCUUGCCGCAAUCAUCGACGGGUCCAUCCUCUGCGUCCACGGGGGUCUCUCCCCCGAAAUCAAGACACUGGAUCAAAUCCGCGUCGUUGCGCGCGCACAGGAAAUCCCACACGACGGAGCGUUUUGUGAUUUAAUGUGGUCUGACCCCGAAGACGUCGGUACAUGGGCUGUGAGUCCCCGUGGUGCAGGGUGGUUAUUCGGUGACAAGGUCACCUCACAAUUCAACCACAUCAAUGACCUCAAGCUCAUCGCUCGGGCACAUCAACUCGUACAAGAAGGAUACAAAUACCAUUUCGAGGGCAAAAAUUUGGUUACAGUCUGGAGUGCACCUAAUUACUGUUACCGAUGUGGGAAUGUGGCGAGUAUUAUGCAGGUGGAGGAGGGGCAGGAGGAGCCCACAUUCAAGAUUUUUAAUGCGGUGCCGGAUGAUCAGAGGCAGAUACCGGCGCAUCGGGGUGCGAAGUCAGAGUACUUUUUGUAGGGUGGUUCACGUUUUCGAUGGAAGGAAGUAUGUGGGAAUUG